AUGGCUCACCCAAAUACUACCAUUUCCCCACCGCCUGGGGCCUAUGUACCCGUGCCAACCUUUUUCAAGUCCCCCUCAGCCUCCUCGGGAUUGCAAGCCUCUAUUGACGUGGAGACACAAGUCGAGCAUAGUAUUUUUCUUGCAAAAAAUGGCAUCCGAGGCUUGGUACUCAUGGGUUCGACUGGCGAGGCCAUACAUCUGACAAAGGCAGAACGAUACGACGUGGUGGCAGGGGUGAGAAAAGGACUUGAUGAUGCCGGAUUCAAAGACUACCCAAUAAUGGCUGGAGUCUUGACCAACGGUAUCGAUGAGACCCUAGAAUGGCUGGUCGACUACAAAAAGGCGGGUGCCCAAUGGGGCCUUGUCCUGGUCCCUGGAUAUUUUGGUAGUGCCGUCACACAGGAAAACAUCAGGGAAUGGUAUACAGUGGUUGCAGAUAAUAGUGCCCUGCCGAUUCUGAUCUACAACUAUCCAGGCGUAACGAAUCAAGUCAUGGUUUCGCCAGAGACUUAUACAACUCUGGCGCAGCAUCCCAAUAUUGUUGGUUGUAAGAUGUCCCACGGUAAUGUGUCUCACCAUGUCCAAGUGUCCCUGGACCCUGCCAUCAAUCACGACAAGUUUCGAGUUUUUAGCGGCUUUGGACAGCAGCUUGGGCCUAUAGUUCACUUUGGGGCGGCUGGCGUUAUCGAUGGCCUAGCUGCCUUCUACCCAAAGGUUGUGGUCCGGCUCAUGACACUCGCAGAAGCCCGGCCCAUUGAACCUUUUGCUCUCCAAGAAGUACAGAAGCUGCAGCAAGCAGUUAGUGUGGCUCAAGAGUUUAUUGGCAAAUUUGGAAUUAUUGGCAUCAAGGAAGCUAUCUUCAGAGUCACUGGAUUCGGCACGUCCGAGGGUGGAAGGCUGCCACUGAAGGGUAAACUACCAGAUGGGGCAUGGGAAACGUGGCACCUUCGUCUGCUUUUACCCGUUCAAGCGCUAGAGGAGCAACUAUGA